AUGCGUUUGGCCGCCAUCGCUCUCGCGCUGCUUGACUUGGCUCUGCAGGCUCAAGCUCAAGCAGUCUUUGCUCAUGUCAUUGUUGGAAACACAUAUGCAUACAGUCAGGCUGAUUGGGCGUCGGACAUCAGGGCCGCAGCCGCCGCAGGAAUCGACGGCUUUGCUUUGAAUAUAGGAUUCCUAGAUACUGUAUCUGGAACGAAGCCGGUAAUUCCGGCGUUGAACAAUGCGUACAAUGCCGCCGAUGCAGCAGGCUUCAAGCUCUUCAUAUCCUUUGACUAUUUAGCUCAGGGCCCGUGGGACGCAGCCGACGUCGUCAAUGUCCUCAACCAAUACAAUUCGCAUCCCAGCGCAUAUAAGUGGGCGAACACUGGCAAGCCUGUGGCCUCUACCUUUGAGGGUCCAGGCAAUGCUGGGGACUGGGUCAGCAUUAAGCAGCAGACAAACACUUUCUUCAUCCCUGAUUACUCAAGUCAAGGCCCCUCUGGAGCGGCCUCGUUCGCGGCCGUGGAUGGACUCUUCUCCUUUGCGGCCUGGCCCAACGGCCCCAAUGACAUGACAAUCUCGGCAGAUCAACAAUACGUCCAGGCGCUUAAUGGUAAACCUUACAUGAUGCCUGUCUCGCCAUGGUUUUACACGAAUCUUCCAGCCUUCGACAAGAAUUGGCUAUGGAGAGGUGACGAUUUGUGGCACCAGCGAUGGCAACAGGUCUUGGAAAUCAACCCUCCUUUGGUCGAAAUCCUGACGUGGAACGACUACGGCGAGAGUCACUACGUGGGACCAUUGCCUCCCGCGGCUAUACAAUCGCAAUCGCUUCCCACCGGCUCUUGGUACGUAGAGAACAUACCUCACAACGCAUGGUUGAAUGAUUUGCCCUAUUAUAUUGCGCAAUACAAGAAGCAACCACUGCCCAACGAGAACCACGUUACCAUUUGGUAUCGCCUCAACCCUGGAACGGCUUGCUCUGCCGAUGGAACCCCUUGCAACACCGUCACUCAAGGCCAGACUCAAUUCGCACCGCAACAGUGUGACGUUGACGCCAUCUACUUCACUGCCUUUGUGCCAUCGUCUGCUACCGCUACAGUCCACGUUACCAUUGGUAACAACGCGCCGGUCUCCGUUACCGCCGGUGCCCCUGGCAUCUUCCAUUCCAGCGUUCCGUUCAACGGCCAGACCGGCGCCGUUUCGAUCUCGGUAACUGCAUCGGGUGGAAUCAACAUUGGGCCAGUCGCAUGCCCAGCCAUCACAACUGCCUGCAACAAUGGUAACGUGAACUGGAACGCACCUCUCACUGCAACGCCCAGCUGCAAGAUGGCUUUUGCCCAGCGUCACUUUUACACCCCCGAGACGUCUUUCACUCCCCUCUUCCGCCUUCUUGAGGACUUUGACAAUUAUUCUCGUCCAGGCAAUGUUCAGCAGCAGGGUCGUCGCUCUGACCUGACGCACUGGCAACCUAAAUCUGACAUGCGCGAGACGGACUCCGCGUAUGAGCUCCAUGGCGAGCUACCCGGCAUGAGCAAAGAGAAUGUGAACGUUGAAUUCACCGAUCCUCAGAAUAUGCUCAUCAGCGGUAAAAUUGAGAGGACAUACACUUCUGGCACGCCACCUACUGGAGCCCUGGAGGGAACCGCAAUGAGAGGCAAGAUCGCCGAGGGCAGCGAGGGACAGACCAAGCCAUCUUCCAGCGAAGCAACCACCGAGAAUGCGACUGAAGAUACGGCCAAGUACUGA